GCUGCAGGGCUCCAGGCCUGCACUAACAAGGCCCCAAGGAUGAUGACAUUCGGGGCCCUGGGGACCCUGCUCCUGCUGCUUCUGCCCUCAGCUCUCUUAGAUGAGAAGAAGACCACUGAAGCACCGAGAAACCCAUGUCUGAGGCCCAUCUAUGAGACCCAGUAUGAUGACCGCAACUUGGAGGACAAGGCAGAGUGCUUCGCCAAGUGUGGCCAGCCGGAGAGCAACCCCUGCAGCGUGGGAAACUUGCAGAGAUACUGGCUGAACUACGAGGUCCAUCUGGUGGAGAAGAGUUGGUCCGAGAAAGUGAACAUGACUUUCGUGAAGGCUUUGGUCCAGAACUUCAGCACUGAUACCCCAGAAGACCUAUUCUUCUCUCUGAAGCCCUCUCAGAUUCCGAGGCAGGUGAUAAAGGGCGAGGAUAACCCCCCCGACGGAGUCCGGCUUCCCAAGAGCCUUUUUGGAUCCCUACCAGGCAACAGGUCCCUGGUCCGGCUGGCCAUCACUAUUCUGGACAUCGGUCCUGGCAGUCUCUUCAAGGGUCCCCGGCUUAGCCUGGAGGAUGGUGGCAGUGUGUUGAAUAACCGCCUGGUGGGCCUGAGUGUGGGCCAGACACCUGUCACCAGUCUGGCUGAGCCUUUGGAGAUCACCUUCUCUCACCAGCGUCAGCCCACUAACAUGACUGUCACCUGUGUCUUUUGGGAUGUGACUAAAGGGCCAACCGGGGACUGGUCUUCCAAUGGCUGCUCCACGGAGGCCAGAGCUGAGGGGACUGUCUGCCGCUGUAAUCACCUGACCUUCUUCACCCUGCUGCUGAGGCCCACCUUGGAUCAGGCCACCGUGCUGGCUCUCACACGCAUCUCCCAGACAGGCUGUGGAGUCUCCAUGAUCUUCCUGGCCCUCACCAUUGCUCUCUACAUUGUCCUGAGGCUUUCCAGGCAGAGGUUCAAGUCAGAAGAUGCCCCUAAGAUCCAUGUGGCUCUGAGUGCCAGCUUGUUCCUCCUGAAUCUAGCCUUCUUGGUCAGUGUGGGGAGUGGCUCAAAGGGGUCUGAUGUAGCCUGCUGGGUCCGUGGUGCCUUCCUCCACUACUUCCUGCUCUGUGUAUUCACCUGGAUGGGGCUGGAAGCUUUCCACCUUUACCUGCUUGUCAUCAGAGUCUUCAACACCUACUAUGGACACUACUUCCUGAAGCUGAGCCUGGUGGGCUGGGGUCUGCCCACCCUGACGGUCAUCGGCACCGGCAGUGCCAACAGCUAUGGCCUCUACACCAUCCGUGACCAAGAGAACCGCACUUCACUGGAGCUGUGCUGGUUCCGUGGAGGAUCGGCUGUCCACACCCUCUACACCACUGUCCAUGGCUACUUCAUCGUCACUUUCCUCUUCAGCGCCGUGGUCCUGGCCCUGGUGGUCUGGAAGAUCUUCACCCUGUCAAGUGCCACAGCAGGCAAGGAGAAAGGGCAGCACUGGAAGGGGGUGCUCACGCUGCUGGGCCUCUCCAGCCUGGUGGGUGUGACAUGGGGACUGGCGGUCCUCACACCCCUGGGCCUGUCUACCACCUACAUCUUCACAUUUUUCAACUCCCUACAAGGUGUUUUCAUCUUCUGCUGGUUUGCCAUCCUCUACUUCCCAAGUCAGAGUGCUACAUCCUCUUCUUCUGGCACUGCCCGACUGGACCAGGCCCACUCUACAUCUCCUGAAUAAGAGGCCUCAGCCCUCCACUCUGGACUCAGCUCUGAUGCUCUGUGCGACCUUGGGUGGCUUCUGGCUUCCCGCCUCCUUCAGGCCCUUGAUUUCCUUCUCUGUACAAUGUGACUGGGGAGGGACAAGAUGGUGACCUGAUUGGAUCAUGUGGCCUCAGAGGUCUGAUCCAGAUCUGUCGUGAGUCCAAGCAUCCAGACACACAGGUUUGCAGGAGUCUGAAAUUCCUGUGGUUCUGAGACCACCCACCAGCAAAGAGCGACAUCGUCACCCCCACAUUCUCAGAGCAAAGCCCCCCAUUUCUGCUCUCACCCACCUUCUGGUCUUAGCAAGGGCUUGAGCCCAAAGAGGGGUGUCAUUGUUGGUGCAGCCCCAUGAAGGAUACCCCGGCCUCUCUCCUCCUUCUCCUUGUCACUGCCUCCCACAAUUGUGCCCUUGGGCUGCCUAUACCCUUCAAGGCAUUCAGGAGGCUGUGAGAAGCCUGCCCCUGGUUUCUGCCCAUCCCAUCAGAACCCAUCCUCACAGAAGAGACCCAUCAUUCAUGGUGCUGCCAGACCUACAGGUGUUUGGGGACACUGAAUUUCAGAGACCACACCACUUCUGCCCAACCUCGAGCACGGCCCUCCUGCCUACUCUGAUUGCCAUGUGGGUAGCCCAACCUCUGAUCUGCUGUCAUCAAGGAAGGAGAACAGAAAGAGUCCAGGACUCUGCACAUCUAGGGAUGUGGGGCUGAGGGACCAGGGUGGGAGUAAGGGCCCUUGGAGCAGAGGCAGGACAUUUUCACCACGGCCCGAGCUCCCAGGGCGAGGGCAGAGACCUGGAGGACCUCAUCCACCCUUCCAGCACAGGGCUGGCACAUAGCGAGCCCUGAAUAAAUACGUGUUG